CGCAGCCAAUAUUCAGACUGAUUUUUUUUUCUCAAGAGGAUUUCUUUACGUUUUUCUUCUUCUCUGAGAGUCUACAGGCACGAUGUCUGUCACUGUGUCUAAGGCUGAUGGGGUCACUGUAUUCACCUUGACCUCUGACCCUGAUAGCUCUUGGCCUCCUCUGUGCCAGAUCCUCAAGAACCUUUGCUACAGCCCAGUGUGCUGCACUGUGUCUCAGCGCCUGAGGAGUCUCAACAGAACUUCUCAGACAGUGCUGGGGACUCUGCAGAUUAUGAUUGGACUGCUCAAUAUCGGACUUGGAUUAAUUCUCUUAAUAACUAGCACUAACUCUUGGUGGUUUGUAGAUUAUACUGGCUUUCCUUAUUGGCUGGGUGCUUUGUUCAUCGUCUUUGGCAUCAUGUGCAUUGUGUCUGAGAAGUACCCAAGUCCAUGUCUGGUCAUCCUCACUGUGACUCUAAAUGUUGCUGGAGUUGCUUUUGCAAUCACAGCCAUUGUGCUCUACAGCAACCAUUUAGCAAACAUAUACCUGUGGUGGGGAUCGCGGUGUGAUAAUGACUACAAUCCAUACUGGUACCGGAUGCGUACAACAACCGCAGUUACUCCAUCUCCUGAGGAGAUGAUCAUUAAGGAAAGAUGCUUAGAGGGCCAAGCAGUGGUGAUGAUGCUCUUGAGAAGCAUCAGUGUUGUGCUGAUUGUCCUGUCAGUCCUCGAGCUCUGCAUCACCAUCAGCUCUUCCAUCCUGGGGAUCAAAUCUCUGAGGAGGAAGGACAAGGGAAAAAAUGAGAGCACUGAUGACUCAGAGUUGAUCGAACCACUGCUGGAGGAAGUGACUGCACAGGCUGUAGCCUAAAUGUCUUUGUUCUAUCAGUUACCAGGAAUCAUGUUCCUGUGCCUUUAUGACUUACAAUUAAC